AUGUCUGUGAGGUGCCGGCAGCGUUGCCACUCCCUCUCUGAUGAAUCUGAGGAGACCAAUGGGAACCAGCUGGAACUUGGCCCAGAACCAGAACCAGAGGAACUGGAUUGGGACAGCUAUAGCGCCACACUGGAGCACAGAUUAGCAGCUGAGCAGGAGAGCACCCAGGCGUCGGAGCAGCGCUGUGCCCAGCUGGAGAAGGCCCGGUGUGGGCUGGAGCUGCAGGUGUCAGGCCUGUCUGAGCGUCUGGAGGAGGAGGAGGCGUGCUCGGCCCAGCUGGCCCUCCACAGGGAAAGGCUGGAGGCCGAGUGUGGCAGCCUCAGACGAGACCUGGACGAGCUGGAGUGCGCCGUGACUGCUGCGGAAAGAGACAAGCAGGCAUCAGACAGUGAGGUGAGGAAGCUGUCGGAGGAGCUGUCUCAGAAGGACGAGGUGUUGCAGAAGCUGCAGCAGGAAAAGGAGCACCUGGUGGAGCUAAGCCAGCAAGCGAUCCAGGAACUGCAGAGCGAGGAGGAGAAGGUGAACCUCCUGACCAAGGAGAAGGCCAAACUAAAGAUGCAAGCCGAAGAUUUGGAAUACCAGUUGGAGCAGGAGCGUCGUCAGCGCGGCGAGCUGGAGAAGAGCCGGAGGAAGCUGGAGGGCGACGGCAGGUCCACCCUGGAGAGUCUCGGAGACAUGGAGAAGAUGAGGAACGGCCUGGCAGAAGUCAUCAAAAAGAAGGAUCUUGAGUUAAGCAAUACCACUGCCAAGCUGGAAGCAGAAGAAGUCCUCAACAUUGAACUGCAGAGGAAAAGCAAGGAGCUGCAGGCCCGCAUCGAGGAGCUCGAGGAGGAGUUGGAAGCCGAGCGGGCCAUACGAGCCAAGGUGGAGAAACAGAGGGCAGAUCUUACCAGAGAACUUGAUGACCUCACGGACCGACUGGAGGAGGCUGGAGGCGCUACCGCCUCACAGCUGGAGGUGAACAAAAAGCGAGAGGCGGAGCUCCAGCGUUUGAGGCGGGACCUGGAGGAGUCCUGCGUCCAGUCAGAGGCUCUGGCCGCGUCGCUAAGGAAACGGCACAGUGAUGCAAUGGCUGAGCUUCAUGAGCAGUGCGAGGCUCUGCAGAGGACCAGGGCCAAACUAGAGAAGGAGAAACAGAAUCUGAGGAUGGAGGUGGAGGACCUGGCCGCAUCCUUGGACACAUUGCAGAAAGCCAAGGCAUCCACAGACAGCCAACUGAAAAAACUGGAGGAACAGCUGUCAGAGGCCCACAGCAGGGGUGACGACCUGCAGAGGGCGCUCACUGAGGUCAAUGUGGCCAAGAACAGACUCACAGCUGAAAAUGCCGAUCUGAGCCGACAGCUGGAGGAGGCAGAGAGCAGAGCUGGCCAGCUCAGCCGCUCCAAGACGUUAGUCCAGUCACAACACGAAGAACUCAAGAAACAGCUGGAGGAGGAGGUCAAGAAUAAGCAGGCCCUGAGCAGCACGCUGGGCACGCUGAGGCAGGAGUGUGAGGUGCUGAAGGAGCAGAUGGAGGAAGAGCAGGAGAGCAAGCUGGAGCUGCAGCGCCUCGUCUCCAAGCUAAACAGCGACGCGACGCACUGGAGGACCAAACACGAGGCCGACGCCAUACAGCACGCCGACGAGCUGGAGGAGGCCAAAAAGAAGCUGUCGUCUCGGCUGCAGGAAGCUGAGGAGGCUUUGGAAGCCACCCAGGCCAAGUGCUCCUCUCUGGAGAAGACCCGACAGAGGCUGCAGGGAGAGGUCGAGGAGCUCUGCAUGGACCUGGAGAAGGCCAGCGGCUGUGGCCAGGCUCUGGAUAAGAAGCAGCGGCUUCUGGAGAAGCAGCUGGGAGACUGGAAACAGAAGUGUGAGGAGCUUGUGUCAGAGGUGGAAGGCUGUCAGAAGGAGAGCAAGCAGCACGGCACCGAGCUCUUCAAACUCAAGACGGCCCACGAGGAGGCCCUGGAGCAGCUGGAGGCCCUGCGCAGGGAGAACAAGGCCCACCAGGAGGAGAUAGCUGACCUCACAGACCAGCUGUCGGAUGGAGGGAAGAGCGUCCAUGAGCUCCAGAAAGCUAAAAAGAAGAUAGAGAUGGAGAAAGAGGAGUUACAGGCCUCACUGGAGGAGUCUGAGGCUGCCUUAGAGGCGGAGGAAACGAAGGUGCUGAGGCUGCAGUUGGAGCUGUCGCAGGCAAGGGGAGACUUGGAGCGGAGGCUACAGGAGAAAGAGGAGGAGAUUGAAGCUGCCAGAAAAACCCACCAGAGGGCGCUAGAAUCACUACAGGCCAGCUUGGAUGUAGAGGUGAAAGGUCGAGCAGAGGGACUCAAGCUGAAGAAGAAACUGGAGGCCGACAUCAAUGAGCUGGAGCUUCAGGUUGACCUGCUGAACAAGAACAACGCAGAGCUCAGCAAGAAUGGCAAGAAGAUGCAGCAGCAGAUUAAGGAGUUUCAGGCCCAGCUGGAGGAGGAGGUGCGCGGCCACGAGGAGCGCAGGGAGGAGCAGGUGGUCGUGGAGCGACGCUGCCUCCUAUUGGCCAGCGAGGGAGAGGAGACACGCACCGCCCUGGAGAAUGCAGAGAGGGCCCGCAAAACCAUGGAGAUUGAGCUUCAGGAAGCCAAUGAGAAAUACAAUGACCUCAACAACCAGUUCCAGUCAGCCCUGAGCAGCAGGAGGAAGCUGGAGGUGGACCUGCAGGCUCUGCAGCAGGAGCACGAGGAGCUGCAGAGUGAGCUGAGAGCAUCCACAGACAAAGCCAAGAAGGCCAGCUGUGAGACGGCGCGCGUGGCGGAGGAGCUGCGUCUGGAACAGGAGCACACACACCACCUAGAGAGGGUGAAGAAAGGCCUGGAAGCCCAAAUCAAAGACAUGAGCGGCAGGCUGGAUGAGGCGGAGCAGAUGGCUCUGAAAGGGGGCAAGAAGAUCAUCCAGAAACUGGAGGGGAAGGUGAAGGAGCUGGAGCUGGAGUUGGAGUCUGAGCAGAAGCGCCAUGCCGAGACGGUGAAGACGCUGAGGAAGAAUGAGCGUCGCCUGAAGGAGCUGCUUUUCCAGUCCGAGGAGGACCAGAAGACCCAGCAGCGCCUGCAGGAGCUGAUGGAGAGACUGCAGAACAAGAUGAAGGCCUACAAGAGACAAGUGGAAGAGGCUGAGGAGCAAGCGAACAUGAACCUGGCGAAGUACAGGAAGACGGUACAUGAGCUGGACGAUGCCGAGGAGCGGGCCGACAUCGCGGAGUCAGCCCUGACCAAGAUCAGGACGAAGAACCGAGGCAGCUUUGGCAAAGGAUACUCGUCUGGUUACAGCACACCCUACCCUGGGUUAGUGAGGUCCCCCAGCUCUGCGGGGUCGGAGGGCCGGGGUGAGAAGAUCAUCAAUGACGACAACGAAUCCGUCAGCUCCCUCAUCCCAGCAUAUCUCAACUCUCUGAAGAAACUCAUGAUUGAAUAAACUACACAUGGUGAGGAUAGCCGGGUCCGUGACUCGCCGUUGGAGCACGGUGCCAGUGUACUGCAUGAUGCCAUGUCAUUUUGGCUCCUCCUCGAUUUGAAGAGGAAACACACACUCAUAUGAAACUCACUAUCAAGCUUUAAAUUUCAGCGAGGUCAAUAUUGUAGCGGCACAACACAUGUAGGUUAACCAAGCCUACAGUACAGUCAACUGCAUCUAGAUUGUUCUUACUCAUUUUCGCUUGUGUUUGAUGAUUGUACUUUUUAAGAUUGUCCAGUGACAAAGUCAUCUAAUAAGGCGUUAUUUACAAAGACUUAAGCUUUCAUUCAGCAUAUUUUUAUAUCCAAUUCAUGAUGCAAGAAUUUGUAUGUAAAAACAAAUUUGACACACGAAACUUGUAACUGCCUUGGCAGAAAGUGUUAAACAUUUCUACUUCUAAGUUUUACUAUGAAUGUUCAUGACCAACUGAAAUCAUGCAAAAGAUUGUCAUCUUUAUACGAAGUGCGUUAUUGUUUUCACAAACAAACAAAAAAGAAAAGAAAUGGAUCCUACCUGCAAAGUCAAAGUUUAUUACUUGUAUUAUCACAUCUUUAUUACUACCCAGAA